AAAGACUUGACCACCGUCGACGAACCCUUGUUUCCGGCUCCCCAGAUCCUCGACAAGGACUCUCUGUCACGUGCCCAGCUCGUGUCGCUGCCCCCCUUGGAGCUGGCGGUCCCGCGCUCUCCAAAGGUCGACACGUCCAUCUUGUCCUUUGGAAUAGCGACUUCAGUCUCUCGACUCAAUGAGGCCACGCCGCAGCUGCUGCACUGGCUGCCGCAUACCGGCUGCCCUCUCCACGUGAUCGCUCCCCCAGCCGACGACACGGCUUCCACACAGUUCCGCAUGAACGAGCUGGGCCUCAACACCACCAUUGAGACCUCCUCAGUCGAAUUCCCGGUUGCCUACUUCUCUCUCUUGAAACGACUUUAUGAUACCCGCUCCCCACGCACAAAAUGGAUCGUGUUGAUCGACGACGACACCUUCAUCACUUCUCUGCCCUCCCUCGUCUCCCACCUCUCCACCACCUACGACUCUUCCAAAGAAGUAGUCGUUGGUGCAACAUCUGACAAUUUUGACCAGAUCCGUGUCUGGGGCGUUCAGCCCUUCGGCGGCGGUGGUAUCUUCAUCUCCGUCCCACUCGCCGCCCGCCUGACCUCCCCUGACAUCUGGGACAAGUGCGUCAACGGGAUGGGCCACAACCAGGGCGACAAGAUCCUGAGUUCAUGUCUGAACGAGUUCACGGACAUCAGGCCAAAGUUCGACGACGGCCUCAACCAGAUGGAUAUCACCGGGGAGAACGAUCCCGCGGCGGGCUAUCUAGAGAGUGGUAGACGCAUGCUGACUCUCCAUCACUGGCGCAGCUGGUUCCAUGUCGAUAUCCCCACGGCAGCGCUCGUGUCCAAGGCUUGCGGAGACCAGGGAGUCUUCCAGCGCUGGGCGUUCCCCGCUGCGAACCAAGUGCUGAGCAACGGAUUCUCGAUCGUGGAGUACCCCAAGGGGUUGGACACUGUUAAUCUGGCGUCAGUAGAGAAGACGUGGGAUGGCGACGAGCAGAAGUUCCUACACCGCAUCGGACCCUUGAGGAAUCCGCUAGGGAAGGAAGAUAAAAUCAGCUACAGGCUUCUCGACGCCGAGGUGGUCGAGGGCUGGUUCGUGAGGCAGAUAUACGCGCGGAAAGCGGUCCAACAGGAAGGCAGUGGGGAUAAUGAGAUGGAUAGAAUCCUCGAGCUGAUAUGGCUC